AUGGCUUCGAAAAAGACGAAACAGCACAAAAUGUCGACGGCGGCACCGGGUCCGUCGGUGUGCGAGGUGUUCACCUACGUCGACACGAACAAGAGCAUCGAUGAGCUGUUUCAAGCCGGACGCGUCAGCGACGGCAAACUGUACGAGAGAAAGCCGAACAGGAAGUUUCCGAUGGCGUAUUAUGCGCCGAAGCCUCGACCACGUGGCAGUUCGGCUGGACAUUCACCUCAGGGUAGCAGUGACGAUGGAAUGAGCAGCGCUGGACGGAAUGCGCUCAGCCCCAGUGGCAGUCAACAGGUUUCGACGCCGUUUCAUAAAAAGCAAGCCAGCGCACCAGAACUCGAUACACAUCAUCUAGACUUGUAUAAUCGACCAGUAGCCGUUCCACAAGUGAUCACCCACCAUCACUCCAAAUCCGUGUCAGCCAUCCCACCAAUGCCGGAUCCAGCGUUCACAGUACCACAGCACAAUCGAUCCGUUUCGCAUGAAGCCAACUAUAAUGCAUCGUUCGGAACUCAACCCUCAUUCCAUGAAUCCGUUCCAUCUUCACUGUUCGAUCCUCGUGGGAAGAGUCAUUCGCUUGAUCCGAUGAUUGUUGGAAUGCAUGAUCCAGGCUCUCAGGUCGGUCGAGUGAGAGAGAAAAGAACUUCCGUCCCUGCAGUUUUUAGUGUCAAAAUGUAUUAUGCACAUUUAUUACAGCAACAACAACCUCAACAAGCCUACUUCCCUCCACAGCCACAAAUCAUGCAUCAACCGCCGCACGCGUACGCUCAGAUGCAACCGAGUCAGGACUUCAACUCUUCGACUUACCAGCGAGUACAAGAGUUGGAAAAUGAGCGUUCUGUAAUGUUGGAAAAGCAGGAGCAGCUGUUACGAUCGGUUUGUCGAUUCGAUUGA